CUUAUACCUCUCGCUGGACAAAAGUUCAGACAUCACUAUAACUCUUCCUUUUUGGCUAAUGGUGGAAUGCUAGAUCAAAUUAUGGAUAAGCUUAAAUUGGAGAAUCAUUUUAAACAAGAUACCAAAGUCCUUGAUGUGUAUCCUUCUAAUGGUUUAUUUGCAGGUGCUGUUUACAACAGAAUCUUGCCAGAACAACAUAUAUUGAUGGAAAAUCGUAAAGAAUUCAACAAUUGGUUAAAUGAUUAUAUAUCAACUUUAGCCGAACCACACACAUUUGACCUACACAAAUUAGACCCAUAUAACUGGAAAUCUUUUCUUAAUAUCACUGAUGAUACAAAAAUUUUACAACCUGGAGUUGAAUCAAGAGAUCAUAUUCAUUCAAAGUUUUUACUUACAGGUUAUUGUUGCAAUGAAGGAUUAUUAAUGCAAUGGUUAAGUUGUCUUGGAAAUCAAAAUUGGAUACAGAGAUUUGGGAAUGUUAAAAUGUUGUUAUGGGUUCCAAAUUCCUCUGCAAUAAAGAUUAUGGCAUCUCCAAGUACCACUAAUAGAAAUAAAUGCUCUGUUACAAGAGAAGCUUUCAGUAACACAAAAGUGAUUGCACUUCCUAAUACCAAGGAACUUAAAAAAUAUGACCACAAGUUAUUGGAUGUUGAUCAACCACUAUUAAUCAAACCUGAUGAUUUUAGUAAUUCAAAAGUUCCAUUGGCAUUAUUAGAAAUUGAUCCUCUUGAUCAUCAUGUGAAUGAUGUUUUCGCUUGGGAUUUUGUUGUUAAGCAGAUGAUGGCCUCAAAGGUCAAACCAAUGGAGGAGAGUAUAAACUUUUUAGGUCCAGCUGCUUCUGACUUUUUUCAGCAACAUCUUUCAGAAGAUAUAUGGGCUAAAACUCCAAGAGACCUAACAGCUGAAGAGUUCAAUGAAAUUGCUAAACUUUUUGAACUCUGGCCAUUUAGACCAAGAUCAUUAGUUGACGUGAUUGAUGACACUAGAGAAAUCUGAUUCAAACCUAUGAUUUUUGUAUAUAGUUCUCAGAUAAAAGUUUUGAUUUCAUGCUUUCGCGAACUUUUAUUGUAGUGUCCAAGAAAAAAAAGUCCAAAAAGCGUCAAAUUGAAAAGGGACAUAAUCAUCAACAUCAACUCUCUUGUUUAAUGGCACCAACCAUGACUGAAGAAAUU